CCCGCCGUUUCCUAGCAACCAAAGUUGUUUUUCACCAUCCUAUGGAAAAUAAAAGACAAAGAUCCAAAUUUAACUUUUCCUUUGGUUUACCACAGUUCACCUCCGAACUGUGUGGUAACAAAGGCAGCUGCCUUACACAUCAGGUUCUGUUGACACCGGAAGUGCCUCGCUGUCACGAUUUGAGUUUAUUUACUGGGGAAGAAUGGCUAAAUUCGUGCUUGCUGGUCAAACGGACUGUCCUUAUUAUGCCAAAGCAGAACUUUUAGCGGACGCUCUGCAGCGAUGCCUGCCGAACUUCAGUAUCCAUAAGAUCUCCAUCCUCCCAGAUGACUGGAAGGAAUGGCUGGAUACCACUUGCAAAACUAAUAACUGGAAACACGAGGAUUCCCCUCUGGUUUGGAGGGAGCUGGUGGAGCAAGGGGGCAAAGGGAUGCUCCUGGGGGGCUUCAGUGACUUCGUGCAGCACUGUCAGGAAUACUACAACAUCACGUCUGACAUGACCAUGGACACGAUGCUGAGUAUCGCAGCAGAGAACCUGGAGGCCAAGCUGCUCUUCAUGGAGGAGGAGAAGCACCGCCUCAGCCUCAUCAAACCUCUCCACCUGUGGAUCAGCAGUGCUCUCAGCCCAACCAGCCACUUCCUGAUCCCCAACCUGCUCUCUACGAAGGUGUUCCCCCUAGCUUCUGUAAUCAGCCUCCACCUCCUGGACCUGGAGGGCGACGAGGAGGACCUGCAGGGGCUGAAGAUGGAGGCUGAGGACCUGGCCAUCCCUAUGCUCCAUCAGGUGACCGUUCACACAGAUCUGGAGCAAGCAUUCCAAGGAGCGGAUGUCAUCCUGCUCCUGGACGAGAGCUGGUCUGAGGACAGCUGCUCUGAUGAGAGCUGGUCUUAUGACAGCGACGAAGCGAACGCCGAUGAGCAGGAGAAGAAAGAGAAGAGGAUAAAUGAAAUCACUGAAAUCUACAACAAGUACGGACGACUGAUCAACUCCAGGGCAAACGAGGAGGUGAAGGUGAUCGUGGCCGGGGACUCAUUUGUCAACCUGAGAUGCUCUCUCCUUUUGGACAAUGCCAGUUCUAUUGAGACCCACCGAUUUGUCGCAAUGGCAACCCAUCUGGAGAAUGAAGCAAGGUCCCUACUGUCAAAGAAGCUGAAAGUUAUGGCGUCAGAUGUCACAAACGUCUACGUGUGGGGAAACAUCAGUGGUAGUUUCUACGUUGACGUGCAGAGGACAAAUGUUUACAACUUCGAUGGGGCAAUUAUGGGACCAGCUUUCUUUUCCCAGCCCAUCCUGACCAUCUUCCACGAAAGAAAAUGGUUGGAGACAGACUUUCAGGACUUGGUUCGAUGUCAGCAUGCAGCUGUGGCUGAAAAGACCGGCCAGGCAUCUGCCAUGUCCAACGCCAAUGGGGUCCUCACAAUCUUGAGGGCUUGGAACGGCGAGUGCAGUCCAGAUAGAGUCUUCUCUCUGGGCGUCCUAUGUCCAGGCCGCUUCAACCUCCCAGAUGGCAUCGUCCUCUCAGUUCCAGUGACCUUCACAGAUGAUAAAUGGUCCCUGUUUGAUGUGCCUGUUGGUUACACGCUGAACGAGAGACUUCAGGUUUCUGCGAGUGAACUCAUGCAGGAAAGAGAACCUGGAUCAGAAGAAUCUGAUGCCGAGCUGGACAUCUGAGAGAUUAAAACACAUGGAAAGAAAAACAGGAACCCAGCACCACAUCUUAUGUUUGUUUCAGUUUGUUCUUUUAUUCUCUUCAGUUUCACAUAUGGAGUUGCAGUUUUAUUUGACCGAUUUAAUGACAACAAAUCUUUUGCUCGCUUUGUGAAACUCACCAACAGCUGUUAUAUGUCCAGAUGUAAAAGAUCAAACUGAGUUCUUUAUGGAAAAGGGAGAAAUUAGAAAAUAUAUUCCUUUUUUUAAAGUGUACAGUUCAGUUUAAUAUAUUUGACGCGGUAUUUUAAGCAUAAAACACACGACUACCAUACACAAACUAGUCUGUUAAUAUCCUCGAAAUCCACCUAUUUCCAUUUAUAGUUCUUUGAGACGAGGACACAUCAGAACCUUAACUCCCCUUGUGGUGGAUUUAGAUAUCCAACAAACCCAAAUUCAAUUGGCUCUUCUAACCCUGAAACAUUCCGAUUAACUUUUUGUUUUUCUUUUGCAACUUUGUGUUGUACUGUCACUGACGAGGAGAACAGAGUGCGGUUUUUACAUGCAGAAUAUACACGUUCAUUUUGAGCAUUUCUACACUAUACACAAGGAGGCGUCGACUGAAAACAAAAAGGUAAAGGUUAGUACAAAGGCGAUGCACGACAACAAGAGGGGAAAUGGACAUAAAGUCUGUUAUAUAUUCAAUUUGUACAACCCACCCCUGAGAUGAAGAUGCUGAGUGGCUUACAAAAUAAAACCGGAUCUCUUUUUACAGUGGAUUAUAGUGUUUAAAUUUCUUUUUUGUCAUUUACAUCCUUUCAAAAAAUAAAGAAAAAUAAAUCUGCUCCGGUAGAAGUAUGAAUCUUUUGGAAACUUGACCUCAAAUAUUUAAAUUUAAAUACAUGCUUGCUUCAUGGCAUGCAUGGACUCGUUGUGGCACCAAGGAAGUUAUUUGGUAGAUAUACAUAUCCCAGUGAUGACUACACAUGUACAAAUAGUCGGGCCUAACGAGAAGCCGGCAUUUUUCCAUUAAAGUUGUAGAUUCAAGAAUGAAUUCAAUAACGUGUGGCUCAAUUACAAAUGGACGUGGGAAAUUAAAUUCUAUUCUCACGUGUAGAUAGAACACGAGGCAUCAGUCACAAAGAAGACAACCAGGAACAUUUCUUUUUUUUGUGUGUUUUAUCUCCCUACACUGAUGUCACUGAGCUCGACUACUUGUCAACAUCCAAAAACGUCCAAGAUUUAAGUUUUCGUUUCCAGGCAACAAGUGAACGAUGACCGAAUGCUUCCGUCAAAACUGUAACCACGGAGACACGGAUAAAGUCAAAGGAUAAAACUAUUUGAAUAACUAACUCCGGGAAUAUGGGACUACUUUUCAAACCUGGAUGUCCACGGUGUCAUCAUUAAUACGCUUAUCAUCAAUCAUCAUGGGCAACUGAAGGGAAAGAAAUUAACUCCAUUUCAGAAAAGAAAAAAACAAAGCUUUAACUGACCAUUAAAUUAAAUAAUUUAUAGUAUAUAUUAAUAGUUAUAUAUUCCAACA